AUUUCUAGCUGAGUUUGUGCCUAGAUAAGACAGAUUGCAGGCUUUAAGAAGAGUUAACUAAUCACAAUGACCAUGACAGCAGUUGGUUGUUUGUAUUUUGGUAUUCUAACAUUUCUGUUCUGCUUUCAUCAGGCUCUACGUAAGUAAUUUAUUCAUAUUGUAAGUAAAUUAUUUUUAACGUUAGAAGAAGUGAUGUCGAGAAGGACAGAAAUGUCGAGAUUGAACAGGACAUAGAGAGAGAAAGAGAAAGGUAGAAGGAGAGAGAGAGACUGGAUCGAAAGAAAGAAAGAGAGCGAGGAAGAGAGAAAAAGAGAGAGCGAGAAAGAGGAAAUGAGAUAGAGGAAGGGGAAAAAAGAGAGAGAAAAAGAGAGACUGGAUAGAUAGAGAAAUGGAAUUAGAUAUAGAGAGAAAGAGAGGAGGUGAGAUAAAAGGAAAGAGAGAGAGAGAGAGAGAGAUAGAAAAGAGAUGGUGAUAAGGUGAAAAAGAGAGAGCGACAGAAAGAGAGAGAGGAGAGAAAAUUGGAGAGAAAGAGAGAGACUUGUUAGAAGUACAGGUGUAAGAUUUAAACUUAUCUGGAAAUAUGAACUAAGAACAGAGAUAAGAAUAUGAAAGUCAAGAGAUAACUCUUUCAUAUAAGAACCGUUUGUGAAACAUACAUUUUUGAAAAUGAAUGAACCUAGAAAUGGCUUUUCCGAUAAUGCGUUUCAGAUUUUCAGUGGUAUUAAAAUUUAUUAUUUAAAAAAUAACAAUAUCCUUUCACGACACCCUCCUCCCCGCUUACAGUUUCAAGUGUUGUAUUGAACGUCCAGCCAGCCACCUUCGACCCACUCACCACAGAACACCUCACAGUCAACUGCUCGUACACUCACAGCAACACUUCAAGAGUUCAAGUUUUGAUUUCAUUAUUUCUUUCAUGGUCCAAUGAUUCGACUCAACAAUUCCAGGACGUGGCCUCCAUCAAUGUAUUCUCUCAUGGUCAUCCGGUGAAUGUGUUGACCUCCGGAGACGUCAUGGCCUCUGGCGAAAUCAACAUCGAGGGGCAAUCCUACAUGCAGCUCCGGUGGGUUCUUCCGAAUGGGGGUCAAGUGGGCUUUUACAAAUGUUCGGCCGAGGGAACCGACAACGUGGGUCACAAUGUCAUAGAGUCUGACGUCAUCGAGGUUAAAGGCAAGACGCCUGAUAUGAACCAGCUGUUAUUGGCGAUCAGGAACAUCACGUUUCGCCAGAAAGCAACGGAAGAGAACUUGGAGGAAUUGAAGAGAAAUAUCUCAAGCCUGGCGAGUCAGUCGUGUAACAGCACGGAAAUCCAGUCCGUUAUUUCUCCGAGCAACCUAACAUGGCUGAGUGCCAACGCAUUGACUUAUUUGUAUUCCAACCAAGAAGUUUACUACCUGUCAAAACAACAAUUCCACAACGUUUCGAAUUCUCAAGAGUUCUGUGAAAGUAUCGGAGGUUACCUGAUAGAGAUCGAUGACGUCACGGAAUACAUGAGCAUACUACCCAUGCUUUCACUAAUCCGAAACCUUUCGGAAAUGGUGUACACCGGUGGAACCGAAGAACACAGUGAAAAUCAUUGGGUGUUCAGAACAAGUGGACGGUCAAUUACGUUUUUCAAUUGGCGGUCGGGUCAAGAUUUUUCAAACCAGGGCUACAACUGCUUAGCAUUGUUUCAGGAAUAUGACUGGAAAAUGGCGGAGACUUUUUGCUCGACACAGUUUUAUACGUACUAUGCCUUAUGCGAGCGUUCGAUCUAGAGCGAAAUAAUUAUUAGGAAAUUUUAAUUGAACCUCUCCUCGGUAAGGCUUUCUUGUGAGACAAAGCCCAAGGCGUUAAACAUGGCAGGACGGGAUGAAUUAACAAUUCUACGUGAAAAUGAUUAAGACAAAAUAAAAUAUAUAAUUGGAUUACAUUGCAGAGUGCCUAUAAUUUUAUUACAUAUAUGCAAUACGUCUGUUAUGAGAUACAACAGGUGCGAGAAUGAUUUUAAAGAUGUACAUUCCAUCAAAGUAUUUAAUACUAAUUCAAACUAACUUAAAAAUCCUUCACGUUAAUCCGUAUUAAUUACAUUAACCCCCCUCCAC